CGUGAAUUUCCCAUUCAAAUUCAGAAGCCUUUUUUCCCUGGUCAUUGGGCACCCCCAUCGCACCACUCUCACCACCAUUUUCAGCAAAAGCAUUAGCAAUGACCACCACAGAGAAACUGCCAACGAACUGCACGUUGCUCCUUAUUGACGUGCAAGAGGGACUAAAGGAUAGCGUUGAGAGACCAAGGAACAACACCGAGGCCGAGAAGCAAAUGGCCCGCCUCUUGACGGCGUGGCGCUCCAGCGGCCGGCCGAUUGUCCAUAUCCAGCACACCUCCCUAUCACCGGAUUCAAACUUGCGCCCCGAUCAACCCGGUGUGGCGAUCCAGAGCAUAGUUGCGCCGCUGCCAACGGAGCCGGUGUUGCAGAAAACUGUUAAUUCGGCUUUCAUCACAACGGAUUUGAAACGGAUUCUGGAGGAAGACAUCAAGACCAAACACCUGGUUAUCGUAGGCCUCACAACGGAUCAUUGUGUAUCGACGACAACGCGGAUGGCUGGGAACUAUGGGUUUGAUACUAUCUUGGUGGAAGACGCCUGCGGAACGUUUGCUAAAACCGGACCCAACGGCAAAACGUACUCGGCGCAAGAGGUCCACGAUAUCCAUAUCGCAAGCCUAAGCGACGAGUUCGCAAAAAUCCUGUCGACCGAAAACGUUUUGAGGCUUGUGUAAACUACCUUGCGGACGCGCAAGCGACUUUAGUGAGGUGCGGACCUCGAAUGUCGGUCGGGCAUGUUUAGCCAUGGAUAUUCCGCAUAUAGUAAAGAUUCACUAGCGUAGCCUUAGGGAUACUCUAUAUGUAGCGAACGUAUACUGUGUAUUAUAGACA